AUGGCUCCCAAGUCCAUCUUUUUCGCCCUCGCGGCCGUCAACGGUGCCCUCGCCUACCCAUGGGUGCCCCAGAUGCCCGGCGUUGACUCUUCCAUGAUCGGAGCUCGUGCACAAGAGCUCAAUGCUCGUGAUGCGCCAAACUGCCCUUUCAACCCCAACCACGAGCCAGCCGCACCCAUUACCGAUCAGUUCCCGUACAUGGGCGCGAAGAAUGGUAUUCCGGGUUCGACCAAGGGUGGAAUCCAAGUUCCCGCUCCCGGCGAUACUGCACACGCAUUCAGGGCUCCCAACCCGAAGACAGAUAUUCGUGGACCCUGCCCCGGUCUGAAUGUGCUCGCCAACCACGGCUUCCUUGCCAGAGAUGGAAUCACCACCUACAACGAGUUGGUCGACGCCCAGCAGAACGUCUACAACACCGGCCCAUUCCUCGCCAACCUCCUCGCCAUCGCCGGCGUCGGCCUCACUGGUGACAUUGUCGGCACCACGAAGAUGUCCCUCGGCUGCGACGCCACAUCGCGGACUGCCUCGUCGCUCAACCUCCUCGCUUCAGAAGGCGGUCUCAACAGCCACAACAAGUUCGAAGCCGACACCUCGUUGACCCGCAACGACUUCUUCCUCGCGGACGGAGACAACUACCAUUUCAACACCACUCUCUUCACGCAGAUGAUGUCCGUCUGCAACGGCAAUUGCGGCCGUGAAGAACUCGCCCUCUACCGCCUGCAGCGCUACGAGGCCAGCAAGGCCGACAACGGCAACUUCUUCUUCGGCCCUGGCUCUCUGCUCCUCUUCGGCGCUGCGUCCUUUCUCUACGAGUUGAUGCCAGGUAGUAGCCACAAGCCCGACGAGGCCACCAUGAUGUCGUUCUUCGGCGCCAGCAAGGACGCCUCAGGAAACUACGUCAACAACGGCCAAGAACGCCUUCCUGAGAACUGGUACAACCGUGUCGAGCACUACUCCAACGUCUCCGAGGAGAUCCUCGCCAUGUACGCGCUCCACCCCGUGCCCUUCGGCGGCAAUGUUGGCAAGGGCAACUUCAACGGCCUCAACUCCGGAACCGACAUCGUCAACGGCAAGAUCAACCCCGAUCUCCCUUACAACGCUCUCUGCCUCAUGUACCAGGCCCUCACCGGUGCCCAGCCUGGUCUGUUGGGCGUGGCUGUCAACCUGCCUGUGAACAGCCUCAGUGCUAUCACAAAGGGUCUUGCGCCGAUGGCGGCGAACUUGGGAUGCCCCACAAACCACAACGAUGGCAGCCAAUCUACUGGCGCCAACAGCUCUUAG